UCUGAAUGAGGCUGGUCUGAGUUGAGCUUGGCUUCUCCCCAAAUCAUAUUCCUCACCUGUGAAAUAGGAUCCUUGGUGGUACCUAUCUGCUAAAACGUGCUAGGUAGACCCAAGCCUGGUAAUGCCAACGAUUAUUGGCUGAGGGGCUGGGGGAGAAGGAGGCCUGGGGUCAGGAGAAUCCCUGGUUCUCUGCAUAAAGAGGAACUAGGGCAGGGCCUUCAUCCAACGCUUCCAGAGCGGGAACAGGGAGUUGGGCUGGGACUUUGUCUCCACCUAACCCCCCAACAGAACUCCUCCCAGCGACCCAGAUAAGCCAAUCUGUUCAAGCAGAGGAGCCCAGAGGCAGGGUAGGUCCCCGAAUGUGAGGAGACACAGAAGGUGGGGUCCGGGUGGGAGUUUCCCUUGACUCUGAGAGUCAGGAAACCUUUCGCUGGGGGGGUCGUGGCCCCUGGCUUCUCCCCAAGACCUGGCAACCAGCCUCUGCGAGUCUGGGGAAGUCUUAGGCAAGUCUUGACAGAAACAGUUGUCGGGAGGGGGUCUGGCUGAGACCCCCCCCCGGGGAAAUUGAGGGAAAGUGGCAGCAGAGGGAGAAGGGAAGAGGGCUAAGCAGCCUUGGCGAAGGAAUUCUAAGGAAUAGCCUUUGCUGUUCCAUCACCCUGCAGGCUGGUGCUGUAGCAAGAGGGAUGGAAGUCACACUACAGGAAGGACUUCCUGACAGUGAGGGCUGUGCCUUUAAGAAGGAGGUGUGGGUGAUUUAUUAGAGUCGCAUCAGCCCUGGGAUGGCUGUACUCUUUGACCCACAGUCUCGGGUUGAGUGGGCAGCAAACUACCCCCUUUGUAGGUCAUGGAACCCUUGGUGCUAGAGGCCUCAUUAACCCUGCUUUAUGAGGUGCCCCCUGGAGGCUUCAGCGGGGGCUGAACAGCCACCAUUGGGGGUUGGGUGUCUCAGAAGCAUGUUCCAGAAAUGUGAGCACAGGUGGGAAAUUUUCUGGGCCUCCCACUGGCCUGACGCUGCUCUAGAGUGAUGGAGGUCAGAAUCCUGGGGGACUUCCUCAGCAAAGCCAUAGAUAAGAGCCUUAUGCAAUUGUUUUAUUUUGAAGAGACUAUGGCCCCCCUGGAGUGGGAGGUUUGAAGGUUAGACCAGUGCAGGGACUUUCCAGUAGGUAGGAGUGGGGAGACCCCACCUUGUGGUUGAGUGAAAAGAGGAAUAUGAAAGACCUUGUCAUCUCCUGCUUGGGAAUCUUGAGUAAGAGGUGAAACCUUACGAGUUAGACAGGAUGUGACAUGAUAGAAUAACAGGGGAAUGGGCUAAAAUGACCUAGAAAACUGCCGCCUUUUAGACUCUGGAAAGAGGAAGGUGUGUCCUCCUCUGAUUCCCCUCCCAGUUCACCAACUUCCGCCAAGCCUGGGACCUGUCAGAACUCGAGAGGUGGAAAAUCUGGUUUCCCUUCCCUAGAGCUCCCAGUGCUAGCUUUGGCAUGAUGGGUACCUGGAGGGUCUCACUCCGUGCCCAGCCGGGCUGAGCCCCUGUCCCUGGCCUCUGGGGCCUGGGAACCCCCACUCACCUUCUUUCUCUCGGAUGGCACCUCCGCUCAAGAGUCCAGACUCCUGGGUUCUGCACUCUGGCUGGCUCAAGGGGCCAUCUGGUGACAGCCUCUGGCUCAGCAUGGCCCUUCCAGCCCUGGGUCUGGACCCGUGGAGUCUCCUGGGCCUUGUCCUCUUCCGACUGCUCCUGCUGCCGCCGCCGUCCUCUGCAGGGGCAGGUGGGCAGGGGCCCGUGCCCAGGGUCAGAUACUACGCAGGGGACGGACGGCGGGCUCUUAGCCUCUUCUCCCAGAAGGGCCUCCAGGAUUUUGACACGCUGCUGUUGAGUGAUGACGAAGGCACUCUCUACGUGGGGGUCCGAGAGGCCAUUCUGGCCUUGGAUAUCCAGGAUCCAGGUGUGCCAAGGCUGAAGAACAUGAUACCCUGGCUGGCCAGUGACAGUAGAAAGAAUGACUGUGCCUUGAAGAGAAAGAGCAAUGAGACACAGUGUUUCAACUUCAUUCGUGUCCUGGUUUCCUUCAACGCCACCCACCUCUACGCCUGUGGCACCUUCGCCUUCAGCCCUGUCUGUACCUUCAUUGAACUCCAAGAUUCCCACCUGUUGCCCAUCUCAGAGGACAACGUUAUGGAGGGGAAAGGCCAAAGCCCCUUUGACCCCGCCCAUAAGCACACAGCUGUCUUGGUAGACGGAAUGCUCUAUUCAGGCACCAUGAACAACUUCCAGGGCAAUGAGCCCAUCCUGAUGCGCACGCUCGGAUCCCAGCCUGUCCUCAAGACCGACAAUUUCCUUCGCUGGCUGCAACCGGACGCCUCCUUCGUGGCAGCCAUCCCUUCGACACAGGUCGUCUACUUCUUCUUUGAGGAGACAGCCAAAGAGUUUGAUUUCUUCUACAAGCUCAACACUUCGCGGGUGGCCAGAGUCUGCAAGAACGACGUGGGCGGCGACAAGGUGCUGCAGAGGAAGUGGACCACCUUCCUGAAGGCCCAGCUGCUCUGCGCCGAGCCGGGGCAGCUGCCCUUCAACGUCAUCCGCCACGCUGUGCUGCUGCCGGCCAAUUUCUCCACCGGUCCCCACGUCUACGCAGUCUUCACCUCCCAGUGGCAGAUCGGCGGGACCAGCAGCUCCGCCGUCUGUGCUUUUUCGCUCGAGGACAUCGAGCGUGUCUUUGAGGGGAAGUACAAGGGGUUGAACAAAGAGACUUCACGCUGGACUGCUCAUGAGGUCCCCGAAGGGAUCAGUUCCCGGCCAGGCAGCUGCUCGGUGGGCCCGUCCUCUGAUAAAGCCUUGACCUUCAUGAAGGACCAUUUCCUGAUGGAUGAGCAGGUGGUGGCGAAGCCCCUGCUGGUGAAGUCUGGGGUGGAGUACACACGACUUGCGGUGGAGACAGUCCAGGGCCUCAACGGGCACACCCACCUGGUCAUGUACCUGGGCACCACCACAGGGUCCCUGCACAAGGCUGUGGUGAGUGGGGACGGCAGGGCCCAUCUGGUGGAGGAGAUCCAGCUGUUCCCUGAGCCUGAACCUGUUCGCAACCUGCAGCUGGCCCCCACCCAGGGUGUACUGUUUGCAGGCUUCUCAGGAGGCAUCUUGAGGAUUCCCCGAGCCAACUGCAGUGUCUACGAGAGCUGUAUGGACUGUGUCCUUGCCCGGGACCCCCACUGUGCCUGGGACCCUGAGUCCCGGAUGUGCCGCCUCCUGCCCCCCCGCGUCCCGAAGUCCUGGGGGCAGGACAUGGAGCGAGGGAACCCAGCGUGGGCGUGUGCCAGUGGCCCCAUGGGCAGGAGCCUGCGGCCUCAGAGCCGCCCCCAAAUCAUUAAAGUCGUUUUGGCUGUCCCCAACUCUAUCCUGGAGCUGCCCUGCCCCCACCUCUCAGCCCUGGCCUCUUACCGCUGGAGUCGGGGGGCAGCUGCGAGCCUGGGGAUGUCGUCCGUGGUCUACAAUGGCUCCCUCCUGCUGGUGCUGCGCGAUGGGGUCGGGGGCCUCUACCAGUGCUGGGCCACUGAGAAUGACUUCUCAUACCCCGUGGUCUCCUACUGGGUGGGUAUCCAGGACCAGCCCCCCGCCCUGGAUCCUGAACUGGCCGGCAUCCCCUGGGAGCGCGUGGAGACCCCGCUGACCAAGGUCAGGGGCGGGGCCACCCUGGCUGCCCAGCGGUCCUACUGGCCCCACUUCCUCACGGUCACCGUGCUGCUUGCCUUAGUGCUUUCGGGAGCACUCGUCUUCCUCCUCGCUUCCCCACUGGGGGCACUCCGAGCCCGGGGCAAGGUCCAGGGCUGUGGGACCCUGCCUCCCAGGGAGAAGGCCCCAUUGAGCAGGGAGCACCAUCAACCUCCUAGGGAAUGCAGGACCUCUGCCAGUGACAUGGACUCCGACAACUGCCUGGGCACCGAGGUGGCUUAAACUCGGCACAGGCUGGGCUGUUGGGUAGGGCAUGGCGCCUGGCCAUGCUAACUGGGUGGCCCGGAGCAGUGCAGAACGGACUUGAAUGGGAGUGACACAAAAGGCCACCUUCCUCUCACGAAAGGAGCCUCUCCGCCACCCUGUGUCACCAACGGCACUCAGCAGGCUGGGCACAGAGGCUGGCUCUCCAUGGGACUCCCUUCUACCAAGCACAUGAGCUUUUAAAUGGGGGCUGCCCAGACGUGGACCUUUGGGCUGUGACCGGAGGCCCUGGAGAACAUCCUUCAGUUCUGGCCGUUCCGGGAUCCUCCAAAAACUUAUGCUCCAGGAAACCCUAGAACACCUGACUGUUCCAGGACCCUGUGAUAAUCAACACCAGACAUCUGAACAACCACAAGACAGCAUGUCGCUCCUGGGGACUCCACUCUGAUGGCAGCACCACCUCGGACACCAAACUCCCCUCUCCCUGGUCUCCAGGGUUCUGCAGGGAGCUUCCCCCUCCUGCUCGCCUUUUCAGCUGUGCAUCACUGACCCCAGGAAGUUCUUCCUGAAGUCUGACCACCUUUCGUCUUGCAUCAGUUGGGGGAGAUUGUGAUUCUUUGUGGCCUGGCUAGAACGGCAGGGGUAAUCUGAGCCUUGUUCGCGCUGACCCUUUGACCUCGCCUCUCCCCUCGCCUUUGUUUUGGAAUUCAGAAAACUACUUGUUUCAGACAGUUUAUUUUUUAUUAAAAAGACAAAGUGUA